ACACGUCAGCAGUCAAUAACUUGUAUCGCCGUUCUGUCAUUCUCUUCCUGGUAUUAACGUGUUGACAGUUCACUCUUCGCUCGGGUGCUUUUAAUAAGCGACGGUUUAGGAAAAUGACUCAGUUUUACAGUGGAAAGACGGUCGUGUUGGAGGAAAAUCAGCCAUGAAAACUCGGCUGCCACUCUGAUUAGAGAGAAAAACGUCACACGACGUUUUGGUGCUUUCUUUGAAGAAGAGCCGCACGAGGAAACGGAGGUCGCGGGCGGCUUUUAACGAUGCAGACGCGCGCGAGGAGGUGAAUAAAAGCCAUAUCUGCAGAAGUUUAAAGUUUGCUUUCAGGAAGGAAAAGAUGAGGCUUCGGCUGCUGAAACGAAAUGUGCUCCUGCUGCUGGGAGUUAUUUUUGUACUUGUGACUCUCUUGUUUACAACACGUGUGUUGGUAGUUUCAGAAAACGACACAAGAGCAGAUAUCUCCAGGGAUGUCGUCAGUAAUGGAAAUCAGGGAACAAAUUCUUGCGAGAUAUUUCAUUUUGCGUCUCUGUCUGAAUUAACUCAGUCCGUUUACACUGCCAAUUACAAGCAGUGUGUCCACAAUGCAGAUAGGUUUCCAGGGGAGCCCCGGCUGGUGCUGGUUGUGCAGGUUCACAACAGGCCAGAAUACCUCCGCCUCCUCAUCAGGUCACUGGAGAAAGCUGCUGAGGUGCACAGUUUUCUUCUUAUCUUCAGCCACGACUAUAUUUCACAGGAAAUCAACACAAUUGUUCAAGGGAUAACUUUCUGCAAGGUACUGCAGAUUUAUUUCCCCUUCAGCACUCAGCUGUAUCCCAAAGAAUUUCCUGGGCAGGACCCACGGGACUGCCCACGGGACAUAUCCAAGGAUGAGGCUCGCAAAACAGGAUGCCUCAACGCGGACCACCCUGACUCGUACGGACACUACAGGGAGGCCUUCAUCACUCAAACCAAACACCACUGGUGGUGGAAGCUGCACUUUGUUUGGGAGCGAGUGCAGGUGUUGCAGGGCUACAGUGGCUUUGCUGUCUUCCUCGAGGAGGACAACUACAUCUUACCAGACUUUUUCCACUUUUAUAAAUUAAUGAUUGAGUUUAGGAAGACAAGCUGUCAAGACUGCGACAUGCUGGCUUUGGGAAACCACGACAGCGUGAGAGAUUUUACCGGCCUGUCCAAUAAGGUAUUGACCUCGGGAUGGAUGUCCACUAAACACAACAUGGGCAUGGCGAUCUCUAAGGAGGUUUACUACAAGCUGAUGGGCUGCAGCAAUAACUUCUGCACCUAUGACGAUUACAACUGGGACUGGACUCUGCAGCACCUCUCUGGAACCUGCAUAUCAAAGCCUCUUAAAGUGCUGGUAGCGCAGGCCUCCAGGGUUCUGCACACGGGAGACUGCGGUCUGCACCAGAAGGAGAACUGCAGACCAGAAUUGGUCUCACAAAAUGUCAAGGAGAGCCUUCAAAAGGCCAAGGACGGCCUCUUUCCUCCACGCCUUGAUCUCAGUAGGGUAGGGCCAGUAGAGCACAAGGCACAUAUGAAGAACGGAGGAUGGGGAGAUGUUCGAGACCAUGUUCUAUGCAAUAACUAUUCCAAACGCCUAUGAGCUCCACCUUUUCACUGAUAGUCUACAAAUGUGCCAUCUUAAAGAACCUUCUGGGCUGUAAUACAUUUUAGGUUCUUUUUCUUUUGGCCAACAAGGUCAUAACCUAAUAAUUAUGGGACAAAGUGCAAAUUUGCAUGCUGAUUAUAUGUGAACUUCAAUUUUUCAUUCACCAAAGCAGCACAAGUGCCAAAGUCUUUACAUUGUGACUGCAAGCUCAGCCUCUGCUUCUGUCGGCAUGUCUGUCUUAUUGAAGUGAUUCAAUAAGAGAGUAAACAGUAGCAAGAGGGUACAAUUUCUAUAGAGUUAUCUUUCUCUAAUCUGAGAAACCUUCAUAUUCUGUUAUUUCUAGGUUCCUAGGGAUGUAUUUCAGGAGCAUUUAUACUUGUUUUGGGGAAGUUGCUUGAAGAUUCUUUUGAAAGAUGUUUCCAUGUGUUAAUGGUGGUACGAUUUAGGUGUGAUUUAAAUUAAAAUAAAAGGCCAUUGUAGAGACUGGUAGAUUAAAAAAAAUUACACACCUUCAUCAGAUGGGAUAUAUUUUUGGAUUUGUACAUCCGUUGUUAUAGUAAUGGAAUCUGUUUUAGGUAAUGUGAACGAUUUUCUGUCCUGUGGCCCAUUAGGGUAUUUUUUGUCCCUUGCCUCGCUCACUAACUGAUCUCGGGUUAGAAAAACAGUAACUUUUGUAAAACUCUUAUUUACUUUAUGAUAGGUCAAAAAUGGACCUUUUGGAACCAGGACUGUGGUUCUGCAAAUAUCAGGAUCCCCUGUGAUGCUGCUUUUCUAUAUUUGCACCUUCCAUGUUCACAAAUUGAUUUUUUUUUAAUGCAACAUGUAUUUCAGAAUCGAAUGAACUAUGAGGAUUUUAUUGAAGAAAAAGAAUAUGUAAUCAGUUCCUUUUGUUUCAUUAUUUGCAAGAUAAUUUUAUGCCUUCAGUAUGACCAAAAGUGCCUUAUUCUGAAACUCUUUAAAAUGCACUGAUUAUAAAUAAGUACUUGCACAAUAAUUCCAGUUUUGGAACAUAUUUUUUCCCUUGGGAUAUUUUAUGGUUCUGGUGGCUUUAUUAAUUCAAAUGUGAAUGUUGAUUAUGGCUAAUAUUAUUGAGUUGGAGCUUCUUUCCUAAUGCCUGCUUAUACCUGAUUUUGGUGCCCCUCAGGUGACUUGCAGAGAUUCCUAAACAAUUGUUCCAAAUGGGAUUGUGAAAUAAAUUCCAGCUCAUGUUUUUGCUGACAAGCACAACUCUUAACAUCUUUGGGGGGAACAGGAAUGACAGUGAACAAAUCAUUUGUGUAAAGUCUGCUCUGGUGAACAUGUCGGUGUUUGAACUUAUUGAUGAUUCCUUUAUUUUUCAGGUUGAAGUCAACCCUAUCUUUGGUUAGUUUUUGUUGUCUUAAUUUGUUCUGAUCAUCACUUGAAGUAGUUGUUCAUUAUUUGCUGUUUUCAAAAUACUUGUAGGGAACAUACUUGUGAAAAGGUUGAACCAUCAUUGUUUGAUCAAUAAUUAUAAUAAAAUGUUUGUAAAACUGA